CCGUGCCAUGCCACUCCGCCCAGCAACCCAGACCAAAACAACGCCCCCAAUCGACGCCACUUGUCUAGAACCUUCCACCCGCGCCGACCCCGAAACCCGCGCGCACCCUCCUCCGCCUCCGCCAUGGCGCGCGCGACUGCCCUGUGCAUGUUCCUCGUCGCCGCACGGAGCAUCUCGGUCCACGGCGCUCAGUACGCCCCGCCGCCUGCCGUUGCGUUCGCCACAUCGGCCGCCGCACGUGCUUUCUCCACCCACGCCGCCGCCUACGGCCCGCCGGCAGCCUCUUCCUACGGCGAGUUGGCCUCCCCUCGCCCCUCCUCCGCCCACGCCGCCGCCUACGUCCCGCCGGUGCCCGCCUCCAGGGCUAUCGUCGGCCAGGCCCUGCCGCCGCCGGGGUCGGCCCCUGGUGGACCUCGUCUCCCGCGCUGUCCCAAGGCCGGCGCGCUCGCGGCAUUGGUCGGCGCCGGGAUCUACAUGGCUCUCGCGCCCGACGAUGACGAGGAGGAUUUCCCGGGAGCAAUAACGGGUUGUUGGUCCACCAAGGCGGACUCUUCGGAGCGCGACUUAAGGGCCAUCAAGGCACUGCUCCAGAACAUUGAUCGCAAUCUGAAGAACAUUGCAAAGGGGCAACAAGAGCAAGAGGCCCCCAAACCAGAUGCGAGAUGCUGGAAGGAUAUCCUUGACGAUAUAAUCAGAAAAAUCAAUACCCUGAUUUCGCAGCCCGGAGUCUGGAAGGAAUUUCACACUCUCCUCAUCUCCAUCUUCUCAGGCUUGACUCUCCUCGCUGAAAUGUUUGGGGAUCCAGCUCAUAAUUUCCAUUGCCCCUUCUCUGGUUGCAGCGAGGUGGUCUACAUCUUCGAUCUAUCUCCCAAGGAUGAAAAUGACACUGGUGGCAGCUCUAACAUGGACUGCAAGGAUAAGGGUGCAAGCCUUGCAAGGUGGGAGUCGGAGCUGCACAGUCUGCUCGCCAUGAUUGGUGAGCUUGCUGAUGCCUUACCUACUAAAGCCAAGGAGAGUGAAGCUGCUCGUGCAAGCGAAAUGACUCGAUCACUCCGUUAAGUCAUCAUCAGUCACUUCCCCGACUCUCAAGUUCAGUCAAUCAAUUCUGUUUCAUUUUGGAUGCUCUCAAUUUUGUAGCUUAGUCACUUGCCUGUCUCGCAAGCGUGGACAUCGAUCCUAUUUUUCAUUUUACAUGCGACUUGCUUUUGUAAUGCAGUAACUUACUGUCUCACAAAUUAGACGGGAUAGACUGGUUAGAUGUAGACCCCUUGGCUCGCACAAUUCCUGCUCCUUAUCAUUUCCUUUGGUGAUAAAGUGUAAUCUAUUUUCAUGUUGCUUGCUGCUUUUA